GAGGAGCAAAGGGGGAACCUUUAGGAGGUUGCAACCGGAAGUGGGGCUCCCUGGCGCCGGAAGCAGGAAGUGCCGCAUCUCGUGCUUCUGUCUUGGCAGCCAAGAGGAAGGCGCCUUUUCUCCAGCAGCUCUUCCCAAACUGUGAAUGUCCCAGGGAGCGAAAGCAGCAGCACUGGAUCCACGGCUCUUGAACUCGGACGACACCAGCUGUCCCUGGAAACAGCUUCUGAGAGCGCGGUCGCAUUCUGCAAACAAUUCCUUGGAUCGCACACAACCCCUGCAGGCGCAUUUCCACCUUGGGCUGACAGAGCAUCAUGUCGCAAGCCACCAAGCGCAAGCAUGUGGUGAAGGAGGUCCUGGAGGAGCAUGUGGUCCCUUCCGAGAGGCAGCAGAUUGUCCGGGUUCUGGGAACCCCAGGCAACAACCUCCAUGAGGUGGAGACCCCCGAAGGGACGCGGUUCCUUGCAAGCAUGCCUACAAAAUUCAGGAAGAAUAUUUGGAUCAAAAGAGGUGACUUCCUGCUGGUGGAUCCCAUAGAAGAAGGGGAGAAAGUGAAAGCAGAGAUCAGUUUUGUCCUCUACAAAGACCACGUGCGCUACCUGAAGAAGGAAGGUUAUUGGCCCGAAGCCUUCUUAGAUGAAGUGGCUGGGACUCACAGGGCCAUUAAAGAGAGGGACGUGGCACGAAGCCCACCGCGCUCAGCCGGGGAGGAAGACUCCGAGGACGACGCUGACCUGUUUGUGAACACCAACCGGGUCAAUUACGACUAUGAGGAGAGUGAAGACAGCAGUGACUCAGAGGAGGAAGAGGAAGAGGAGAAUGAGAAGUAAAGCAGAGCAGCCCAAACUAGCCCUGGGAGCCUGACCCAUCCAGGAUGGGAGCUCACUGAUCAAACCUCUCAGGCUCUCACCUUUACCCUGGACUAGAUGUUUUCUGAGGAGGCCAAGGUGGACUUCAGCAAUUCUGAGUAGCUGUUGCAAAGUCAGGAGCAGCCUUGGCUCAUUCUUUGAAGAGCGUUUUGACCUUGUACUCCAGGUCUCUUCUCCUUCUCUCUUCUGCCUUAUUUAAUAAAUGUGUGCUCCAAGCCUA